CAUUCGCACCUCCGUUCGGGCUUUGUUCAUUCGUUUGUCACAGUUUGGUAAUUGCUCGUUCAAUUGCCGUCACGUCGUUUUCGCUUUUUCCUGCACAUUUAAAUUAGUUAAAAUUAAAUACAAUAAAAUAAUAGUAUUUUACUUUUAUUGUAUAACAGAAAAAUUAACUAAUGCUUCGAAAAACGUAAAGUAUUUACUUUUUUCGUAACAAUAAGUGAAAUACGCAGUAGAUAAACAGAGCAGCAAAGUGAAGGGGAAAUUAGUGAAAAAUUCGUAAAUUUUCUUUCGAGCUUCUCACGCAUCUAAGGGAAACAUAUUCAUACUCAUUGACUGCUGCAGGAACCAAGGCGAAACUUCGACGAGACCGAAAUAGAGCAGCCUAAUUUAAAUCCGUUUAAAUUGAUUGCGAAAAAGUUGAGCAAUUUCGUUACAUAGGACGAAUAAAACACUUCGCAUCGAAGCGGGAUCUAUUUCAGUGAAAUAGUGGGCAAUUACAAAAUCAGGGCCAAUUUGGAAAACACGACUUUUGUUAUAAAGGUAAAAGUCCAAUAGGUCAGCAAAGAAGAACCCACUUUUCGACGAAACUUUACCAGAAAAGUAAAUAAAAUGUACGCAGGUGGUUAUGCAGUAAAUGCCGGAAGUCCACAGGCCAAUUCUAAUGGAUUUUAUGGCGGCGGCGGGGUCGGUGCUGGUCCACGACCUGAGCGACCUCACUAUCAGCGAAGUGCUAUCAAUAAUGGCAACAAUACCGGUUUGCCAUAUGGCGGUGGAUCUGGAUUGUAUGGUGGUGCUCAAAGCUCUUACCGUGGUGGCAAUAACUCCAAUUCCAUGAUGACAAGUGGUGGUCCGAGCUUUUACGGUAACGGUGUUGCCACACCUGGAGGUUAUCAAGCGCGUGGGAAAAAUCCAAAUUUCGUACCACGUCAUCAAAAACCGAACGGCGGCUACCUACCGAACAAUGGCGGCUACCAUGGUGGUGUUAAUUUAGGAUUAUUAAGCAAAGAAGAGCGAGCUGAACUUCAGCGUGAAAAGGCAAAAAAUCCUGGACGUAACCUACAAAUCCCACGUUGGGAAAAUUUACAACCUUUCAAGAAGAAUUUCUAUGUACCACACCAAAACACUUUGAAUAUGAGUGAACAAGCUGUUGCUGAACUUCGCAAUGAUUUAGAAAUAACAGUAUCCGGCAAUGGCAUUCCACAUCCAGUAUCUUCAUUCGAAGAAUGUUCUCUUCCAGAAUACACCAUUGAAGAGAUGAAACGUCAGGGCUUCACCAAGCCCACUGCUAUUCAGGCGCAAGGCUGGCCAAUUGCACUCUCUGGUCGGGACCUAGUUGGUAUUGCUCAGACAGGAUCUGGUAAGACACUAGCAUAUAUGUUACCUGCUAUGGUGCAUAUCGCAAAUCAGCCACCAUUGCAACGUGGGGAAGGUCCAAUAGCCUUGGUGUUGGCACCAACACGUGAAUUGGCACAGCAAAUACAAUCCGUUGUUCGUGAUUAUGGUCACUUGUCUAAGCCUGAAAUACGACAUACUUGCAUUUUUGGCGGUUCAUCGAAAAUACCACAAGCACGUGAUUUAGAAAGAGGUGUUGAAGUGAUUAUAGCCACACCAGGACGACUAAUCGAUUUCUUGGAGAAUCGGAACACAAAUCUACAACGUUGUACUUACCUGGUACUGGACGAAGCAGAUCGCAUGCUUGACAUGGGUUUUGAACCACAGAUACGUAAGAUAAUUGAACAAAUUCGUCCUGAUCGUCAAGUAGUUAUGUGGUCCGCAACUUGGCCUAAGGAAGUGCAAGCACUGGCUGGAGAUUUCUUAAAAGAUUACAUUUCCAUAAAUAUUGGAUCGAUGAAUUUGUCAGCUAAUCACAACAUUCGUCAAAUGGUUGAAAUUUGCCAAGAAUCGGAGAAACCACAACGCAUUGUCAAAUUGCUUAAAGAAAUAGCACCAACAACCAAUAAUGCUGCUAAUAAUAAUAACAAGAUUAUUAUUUUCGUCGAAACAAAAAUAAAGGUCGAGGAAAUUUUACAAAUAAUUCGCAACGAAGGUUACACCGCCACUUCCAUUCAUGGUGAUAAGUCCCAACCCGAACGCGACUCAGUGUUGAAAGACUUCCGUAAUGGGAAAUCAAACAUUUUAAUUGCCACUGAUGUGGCCUCUCGGGGUCUAGAUGUGGAGGAUUUGCAGUAUGUAAUCAACUACGAUUACCCAAACUCAUCUGAAAACUAUGUACAUCGUAUUGGACGCACCGGUCGUUGCCAACAAUUAGGCACUGCUUAUACAUUAUUUACCCCUGAUAAUGGAAAACAGGCACGUGAUUUAAUUUCGGUGCUGGAGGAGGCUGGUCAAGUACCACCACCAGCAUUAUUAGAUUUGGCCCGUUCAUCGGGUGGAAAUGGUAAUGGCCGUGGUAACAAUAAUCGUCGCUGGCAGCAGCAGAUUCCUCAUCAGCAACGUAGCAAUCCUUUGAACUACCAGGCUGGCAACAAUCCCAACGGUACGUAUGCUCCGAAGCAGACUCAAUAUCAGCAACAGAACAGCGGCAUUUAUCAGCAACAUAACAGUGUUGGAAGUGCUAGUGGCGGUGGCAGCUGGAACAACCGUUCUGGUGUGGUUAGCAGCGGUACGGGUGGUCAAUACAAUGGCCAAGAUGCUAAUGGUGGUCGCACUUAUCGCCCACGUGCGCCCUUCAAUGCCGGUGGUCCUCGUCCCAUGAUGGGCUAUAUGCCACCACAUAUGCAACAAAACAGCGGGUUCAUGCCCCAACAGCAAUAUCGACCACGUGGUCAGCAAUUCAUUCCACAGCAAAAUGGCAACGUACCCCGUUUCCAACAAUAUCAGAAACGCGAAUAUAAUCCACAGCAUUAUGACAAACAACAGCAGCAACAACAAAAUGUUGUUCCCAAUAGCGGUGGGGGUAGUGUUGAACAUCAACAGCAUAAUGGGGUUAUGAAUGGUGCUGCAGUUGCCACUAUUCAGCAACAACAACAACAGCAACACCAGCAACAAGUGAAUGUUGCUGCAAACAUAGCAGCUGCAGUCGCUGCCGCCGGUGGUCAAUUGGGUGGUGAGUACCCCAGCAACGUUUCGACACCACCGGCUGCGGCUUUAUACGCAGCACCUGCUCAAUCGCCGCCGACCGCAGCUGCUAAUACCGCUACUGCUUACAUGUAUGAUGCUAGUGGUGUAUUGGCAGCCGCAGCUGCAGCCGCUGCUGCUAAUCCAUAUGGCGGUUUACCACCACACGCCACCGCUGCUUUUUAUCCACAUCCACACCAGUUUGCCGCUGGCGUAGCUCCGGCCACGGCUGCUGAUGUAUUGCAACAACAGCAACAGCAGCAAAGAGCGUAAGUGCAUCAGACGACAUGAAUUAUUGCAGUGCUCAUAGCGAAAAUAUAACAUAUACAUUUCUUCAAUUUUAUCGACUUACUUACAAAUAUUAAUUACUUAUUGAUACUACAAAAACAAAAACAUUCAUUAAAAAUAAUCGAUAAACGGUAACUGUUCAAGGUAUGCAUUAAAUAUAAAGCCGGAAUAUGCUGAAUGGCAUUAAAACGAGGAAAAAAAACAUUGCGAAAAUGGAAAUGGUAACAAAUGUGAAACAAAUAAUAUAGAUAUAUAUAUAUUUAUAUAUCCGGUGAACUGUCUUUGAAAUAAUAUUAAAUCGACUUUAAGAAACACAUUUAUUUAGCCUAUUGUAAGAGACCUACCAUAAUUAAUUGUAUUACAAGAAGCGCCGCAAGGCUUGCAUAUGGAUAAUACUGUACUGUACUUCAUUUCGUCAGUCUUGAGGUAUUAGCGAAAGGCCCAAAGUCGACGGCUAUUCUUGAAUACAGUAGCAAAUAAUUACGCAAGCCGACAAGAUUUUGACUCAAAUACCAGACAACAAUUUCCGUAACGGUUUUUACAUGCUGAAUCUGAGCUAAAUAUAACCCCGGUACGUAAGGUCGUCGAAAUUUUCUAACCUAUUUUUAAAAUUAUGUGCGUAAAAAUGUCGUCACAGUAUCUCAAAGUUUGCCCUUCAAAAUACAUUUUAAAACUUAAAAAUAUGUAUUUGGUAGCGAAAAAUCUACUAUUUACUGAGUUUGGUGAAUUCGUUGAUAUUUGAAAAUUGGGAAUCAUCAGAUUAUGGAUAAUUUAACAACUAAAUUAAAAAACGAUUUUUCGGAGACAAAGUAUCAAAAUACAUAUAGCAGAAUAGAACUUGUCGGCACCAUGACGACUUUUUGAAGAUUUUAUUUUUGUGAAAGAAAGAAAUUUGUGAUGCCCGGUACGUAAAAAUCAUCCGGGCGAAUUUUGUUUGGUUUUUGAUUCAGUCAAAUUUUGGAGGCCUGUGUUAUUAUCUUUUAUAGAAACAAAAGUUUAAUUUCAUUUAAGUCUUUAAUAUGAACUAUAUAUAUAUAUAUAUUUUUUUUUGUUCUUUUAAAUGCACAUUGAAAUGUUUUUGUUUUGGUAUAAAAUCGGUAAUACUUCGUAGAAUUUCUUAGUUAAAAAUUUAAACCCAUUAAAAAUUUUGUUUUGGAUUUUAUAUUACCGGAGCGGUAUUAUAUAUAUGUAUAUAUAAUAUCUUUUAGCAUUUACAAAAAUAUACAAAAAAUCCCUUCAAAAGUGCAUUUCCUAAAUUUUAUAAAUUAUUUUAUAACUAAGAAAUUCCUAUUUCCGGUUUCUAGAAGAACAUAAAAUUAAGCGAGCAACUAAAAGAAUGCAGUCAGUAACUAUGAAAGAACAAUUUAAACGCUGAAUUUUUGAAAACGGCAUCAAAUGAAACGAAAUUCAAAAUUAAAUUAUUUAGUACACAAAUACAAUAUGUACUAUAUGUAACCCAACAAGAAAAAAUCCUAUUUAACAAAAAAUUUUGAAUUGUUCAUAAACAUUACUUUAAUGAUAUUCCGCAAAAUACCCACUUUGCAUCGCAAUACCUUUUAAGCAAUUAGAAUUGUAAUGAAAAACAAAAAAUAUCGUGUUUCAACGAUUAAAUGCCUUCAUUUCUUUGUUAUAUUUUGCAAUAUGCUUUUAAUCGAAUUAUCUAAAUUGGAAUAUAUUAUAUUAACUUUAGAAUAGAUUUCUCAGGCACAGCUCUUCUUCGGUCCUUGCUACCAUUCAAUAAUUUAAUUUACUUAAUAGUUUUUCGAAUAAAACACAUCAAUUACUAAUGAGAAACAAUUUUAACUUAUUAAUAUUUCAAAUAGAAAAAAUUUGUAUGUAAUAGAUAACUUAAUUUUAGUUUUAUUUUCCAAAAAAUAAAUUUAAUUGCAACAGCCAAAUCUCGCCAGUUUAAGAAUUUGGCCGUAUACAAGAAGAAACAUAAAAUGCGCCGCAUUCAUCCAUACAAACAUAAAAUGAAAAGUUUACGAUUAAAAUUAAUAGGCAAACUUAUAUAAACGGUCAUAUGAGAAUAAAAAGAGAGGAGUCUUCAAAUGUUAGAGUAACUCGUGAAAAUCAGAUAACUAAUUUUUUUUUUUUUUUUUUUUCUAAAAACAAAAAACGACAAUUCCUUUAACAAUAUGCAAAACAGCUCCAAAAAAUUCGAUUAUCGUUAAAUUCGCUCUAACAUUUGUCGCCUAGAACGCUCAGGGCUUAGUUAAGUGCAGUAAUUGACUAACGAUUUGGUUCAUAUGCAGUGAAGAAGUAAACGUUUAAUUAUAUUGAUUUCCAUUUUAGAAUCUUAGUACGAGUAAACACUUUUUUCGGCGAAAAUUUAAAUAUAAAACUGCAAACUCAAAAGUUGUGAAGAUUCUAAGCAAAGUUUGUAAUACUGGGUGAAGUAAAACUCUCUGAUUUAAAGUUAAUAUUAUGCUUAAGUUCCUUAACAGUUCCAAAAGAGAGGUUAAAAAGAAAAAAAAUCGAUGUAUACUUCAGUACCACUAAGACCACGCAGAAAAGUCGGAGUAGGUUAAUCCAAGUUUUGCAACUAUGGACCCAAUUUAGUAUCGAAUGCAACAACAAAAUGUUGAAGCUAACUAAUUCCGUUCUGGUAAUGGACAUCGAAGAUGAGGCACCACAUGAUCUUUCACCAUCACCUACCGCAUCGAAUAUUUUGAAAGUGUUUGUAUCCCAUUGGGCGACUCGGCCUAGCAAGCGAAUCAGCUGAAUCUUUAUUCGCUGCGCUAUAUCUAUAUCACCUUCAAGCUCGUACGGCUUGAUACGUACAAAAGUCCGCAGCACCUCUCGAACACUUCAAAAGACGCCCCAUCCGAUGUUGUCUUCAUCUCUUCAUUCAUGAUGGACUUAUGAAAUGCGACUUUUGUUCGUCGAGAGAGGGCUUUAGUACUCAAUUGCCUAUAGUACUUAAAACUUUUUAUUUCACCUAAUAUUAAAAUAUAUUGCAGUAUUGUAUUUAUGAAAAGCCGCUAGCCUAUGCAAGUAUACACAGCGUACAACAGCCAAUUUUGUUUUCGAUACAAAAAAAUGCGUUGUGAUUUAAGUACACUUAUGUGUGCCUCGUUUGACCAGCGCAUUUAAGAGGAUUGCAUAGACUUUUGUGUUCGGGGGCCGAACGUUGCGUGGCAUAAACUUGGAAGGUUUUUUGAGUACAUUGAAAAAAAAAAAUGUUUAACAGUGUAUAAAUAGAGAAUUCUGUGAUUAAUAGAGCUUUCCUUAGUUUGAACAAAUAAACUCGUUUGGCUUUACUACGAGAAAAUUGAGAUUUUGCUAAAUUAAUAAUAAUAAUAAUUCAACGUUUACUUUUGUUUUAGCAUCAAUGUCUACCACUUUCACUGCCAAACCUAAAUAAACCCUUAAAACAAUUGGAAAACUGCACAUACAUACACAUACACAUUUGAUGAAAUGUACCGCUAUGUACAGAUAUUCUUUUUUUAUAACAUACAUAUAUAUAGAGCAAGUGUUUCAAAAAAUUCGCUACACACAUACUCGUACACUUUUCCCUAAGUCAUACUUAACGUAAUACGUUAAAAAAUAUCGCAAAUUUGGUAUAAUACGUGUAAUAAUUGAACCGCCUUUUGAUUUUCCAAAAGCAAAAAAUAUGUUUACUUCGUGUAAAUAUAUUUAAGGAAACAAGAAAAUGCAAUAAUUUAGGUACUGAGUUAUAUAUUUGAAUACAAUGUAUUCCCAAAAAAACUCUGUUGCUCUACAUUUGCAUGAUAAAAGUCAUUUCGAAUGAAAUAUUCGUCUAUGAAACUACGAAUACGAAUAUUAUAAACAAAAAAAAAAAUACGGGUCUUACCGCGAAUUACUUCACUUUGCGCUAUUCUGCUGCUAGUAUUCUCAACUAUGGAACACAAAAGUCGGCAGGGACUUAGUAUUCGAAUUUUAGUGUUGGGGGGGGAAACAAAAUAUAUAAUAAAAUUACUUUUAAUAGACCUUAAAAAAGAAGAAACUGCUAAAAUUGUUAGUAUCGAAGCCAAAGUCAAAUUAUACAAGCAAAAGAAACUAAAAGUAUGCAAAACAGGAAGAAGUUAAAAUAUAAAUAUUUUUUUAAUUACCAUACGUACAUACAUACAUACUUAUAUACUAUGUAAAUGUGAGGAAAUAAGCGAAAACAUAAAACGUGAACGAUAAUUUAUAAGAAAUAGUUUAAUAUUUCAAUUUAAAAAAAUACAUAUUCGAAUAUUCCUAACCAAAAAGUCCCAAACAUAUACACAGCCAUACAUUUGUAUGCAAGUGUAUACAUACACAUACACAUACAUACACAUCUAUGCAAUUUUUGCGAUCAUUAAGUGAUUUGUAAAGAAAUUACUAGUGUGUGGCACACAUACAACAAUGUAAUGUGCAUAUGUAUAUCACUUGGUGAUUUACAAAACAAGCAAACAAAAAAAAAACGAACAAAACACCGAGUCUGGGAUGGGACUUGGGUUAAAAUGAAAUUCAAACUUUUUUUCGACUAAUUUUGCUUUGUAUGUAAAAGCGAAGUUGUGAAAUAAAGUGUACUGAAAAAUGGCAUAUUUUCGCUAUUAAAUUUUUUAUACAAAAGUUGUAUCAAAUAUAACUAUGUAUGUACUGACCACAGACACGAAACAUGGUUUAUUAGAAGGAAUGCUUACAUAGUACAAUAAAGCUAAGUAAACACAUACAUAUAUACGUGUAUAAUUACGUAUGUGAUUAAUAGUUUCGUUAAUUAUAAAUGAAAAAUUACGCAAGCAAAAACAACUAUAAAUGACUUCCUUGGUAGGAGAUUAUAACUGCUGCCUAAGAAACGAGUAGUCAGCUCCUUAAAGGAUGUGUACGAACGCUUAAUUAAUUUUUCAUUUGCGACAAGGCGAAAUUAAACAGUUUGUCAUAAAACUUGCAUUAAUUUGGAUAUCGGCAGUAUUCAAUCUUCAACUAUGUGUGUCGGUUGCACUCAACCUAAUAAAGAUCUCUUAGUUAAAAACAGAUAAGAAUUUUUGAAUUAAACUUUUUUCGUUCACUUUUUUAUAUGUAGCUUAUAAUUCGAAUAAUUGGAGAAAGGAAACUAAUUUAUCCAAAGAAAAAAAAAAAACAAAAACAAAAAACGAAGAUAUUUUUUGAUGUGGGUUUGCAGUGAGAAUACUUUUUUUUUAGCAGGGUAUCUAGGAUAUUCCCGUCGUACGAAAACGAAACUUCUCGGGUCCACGAAUAUUGUUUCAAAAACAGUAUUUAAAGGCAUUUGUUCUAGAAAAGACAAGCUGUAUGUAUACAUAAUACAAAUAUGUCAAAUAAAAAUUAAAUUUGAAUAAUGCAACAACUGCAAAGCGACAGCUAAAAUUAGCAUACAAAAAACUAACAACAAAAUGUGAUGUGAUAGACUUAAUAAAACAUAUGAUAACAAAACUAUAUUUAUAUGGAUGAUAUGAGGCACAUUCUAUGCCUCGUUUUUUUUCUUUUUUCCAUUUUUAUUGUAUACAUAUGUACGUGUGAAAUAAAAAAGUACAUGAACUCAUAAACAUACAAAUCUAACGUUUAUAUGUACAAAACGUUACGUAUUUUAAAGAAUUUUUGGUAUUUAGCAAGCACAGCUGAACUGAAUGAAAGAUCGAAACGAUUUGCUAAAAUUACAAAUAAAAAUGUUUCUCAUUAAAUUCAUAAACUACUUUAUUUAUUUUUUACUUUUUUUUUUUUUUUUUGUUUUUUCUAUUGAUGAAAUACAUACAUAUAUAAUAUUUCUUAAUUGAGCUGUAGGGUUCUCUCUUUUCCAAAAUUUUUUGAAAAGCAUUAGUAUUAGAGUAAAACAAGAGAAAAGAGAACAAGUCACCAAUGGUUAGCAGUUUAUUAUUUUUGAAAAUAUACUUAUAAAUUAUUAAUGUAAAAAAUGGAAAUUUGUGAACUUUCGCUGAGCGAAUUAACGAGAAAAUUAAUAACGCACUGAGUGAAAGAAAAAGCUUUCAACGCAAAUGAUGUUUGGUUGAUUUUGUGCAUAAAACAGUUGUCGUUGCAAACGAUUCAAUGGCAGUUCCUGAUUUGUAUAUUGGCGCAGAUGUUGCUGGAUGAACACACAUAGGAAAAUCCAUUUUUUGCCACAACACCAUAAAACAUUCGCCAUGUACAAAGUGGCGCAAAUUUAAUCAUCAUAUCGGAGGAUUUUAUGGUUUUUGCAAAUGGAGCGCUACACCUCGCAGGCGAGUGGAAUAAUUGUGCAGAUUUUUUUUUUUCUUUACCAAUAAUCGGUUGAUGAUGUUGGCGCAGCAUGAAUAUCGACGUCGAUUUCCUAAUUGUGUCGCGCCAACUGGGCAAACAUUCCGGCGCUUAACUGCUCGACUGCAACAGACGGGCACCACACGAGAUGUUGCAGGGCGUGACCGCCACCGGACAGGUCGUUCAGCCGAGAAUGUCGCGGCUGUGGUUGUCGAUGCCACCGAGAACGAAGAAAUAUCAACCAAAUGACGGUUCGCGCAAUUGGGCAUCACCAGACGGAUCUUGCGACGAAUCGUAGAGAAAGACUUACUUACAUAUGUUCCCGUGCUAAGUGAAUGGGUUAAUGCCUGCUGACCGUCUGUCGCGUGUGAAUUACUGUUAAGCUAUCCUCAAUUUCAACAACGAUGAAAAUCAUCAUGAGCGACGUCACUGGAAAUUCGCGUGUAAUCACGAAGUGCCAUUACAUUCACUCAAAGCUACUGUGUGGUGCGCGGCGUUCACGCGAGAGGAAUGAUGUUUUUGACGAUGUCAUCGGCAAUACAGUCACUGUUAGCGACGCAAACGCUGAAGGGCCUUGAUAAACGAUUUCUUACUGCCGCAAUUAGAUGAGCGCGGCUUGGUUAACAUGUGGUUUUAACAAGUCCAUGCAAUCGCACUGAAUGGAUCACAUAUCUUUGAAGAAUAUUUCUGGCGAAAGCAACCAAUUGUAAAAACUAUAUAAAACAAAACAACGAUACACUACAACAACAACAACCAAUGUAUUGAGAAUGAGCGCGCAAGAUCAUCGUGUCUUACGAGAUUUUUUUUUUUUGUUUCAUAUCCCAUUCAGGAAAAGUUUGCGUAGACGGUUUUUCUUUUUUCUCAGUUUUGACAAGCGUAAUUUUUCUUCUAUUUUUAUUUUUGAAUUGCUACAUAACGCAAUUUUAGCAAAUAAACGUCAGGAUUUUUUAAAUUGGAAUUUCUUAUUAAAACCUAAAAAUAAUUGGAAAUUUCAAAAAGAAAUUUUCGAUGUGCCCACCUAAGAAUAAAAUCAAAUUAAAAUAUUUUAAGUUUAUAAGUACAAAAAUAUCGUAUGUAAAACACCACACACAAAAUAACCACAAGCAGCAGCGAAGAGAUAUUUUUCUGUGUAAAACAUAAACAUAUUUUGAGCGUAGCAUUAAAACUAAAAUAUUUGCAUACAAGUAUGCAGCUUCAAAAGUCUGAAAAAUUCAAUUUUCUUAUAAAUCAAAAUAUAUAUUUUUUUAUUUACUUGAAUAACUAAAAGUUCAAGUAACAUAAAAAACGGUGUGUGACACUGACGCGAAUGUUGUGUGAUCACAUAGAAAAUAAAUGAGAAAGUUGUUUAUGGUACCACAAAUAUUUAUUAUAUGUAUGUAUUUUUUGUCAUAUAUGCAUAUGCACAUACCAUAUGUAUGUAUGUAUGCAUUCAUGGAGUAGUCAUUUACAUUACAUACGAUAUUAGAGUAUACCAACACAAAAAGAGGCAAACAUAUAGACACGAACAAGAAAAAACAAAAUGCCGGAUAUAUUUUAUAUCCGAAAUUGUCUAUAUAUCAGUAUAAAAAAUAAUUGGUAGACUCGUUGUGAGCCAUUGUAUAUUUUUCUAAAUAAGUCAAAAUCAUUUUACAAAUCGUGAUGAAUUUAAAUUCGAAUGUGAGUGAGCUCUGCUGCACAAAUUCCAUUUUUACAAUAUAAUUUUUACUUAUAUACAUAUAUAAAUAUAUUUCCUUUGUUUCAAAUUAUUUGUAAAACAUUUUCUAGUACAAGUAGGUAUUGUUGAGCAUAUUUAAUCCGCGCUUAUGAGAAACGUUUGAAAAUUUACGAAAUAUAACACAAAAAUUUUUGUUUUUUUUUUUUUGUUAAUUUUUUUCCAAUCACAUGUGAAUUUUUUUUUAACAUGCUUAAUUAAUGAUUCGUUUUAUCUGAUUCCCCAUCGUUCCCUUUAUUACAUUUUUUUGUUAUAUAAUAAAGUAAAACACGAAAACUUAAAUGCAAAGAAUUUGCGGUAUAUUUGAGUAUAUGAAAAUAUUUAAACAUGAAACAAUAAUGUUACGCACUGAAUUCAGAAUUUUUCAUAUUUUCUUCUUUUUUUAAUUCAUUCCAAAUAUUGCAAUGGAAACAAUUACGCGCACACACACAUAUAACAUGCAAUUAAUACAUACACACAUAUACUAUAUAUACACCUAUACACAUUGAAAAAGUUUGCAUGAUAUGUAUGUAUGUGAGAGCGAAAAAUGGAUUAUGAAUUGAUUUGAUUUGAUAUAUAUUUAAGAUCAUUCAAUAAUCGGUGUUUGAUCACCCGACGGUAUGGCACGAGUUGGUAUUUCAAAUGAAAAGCGUAUUAAAUUGUUACAGUUUUUGCUCGACCAUUUCUUUUUAGUGCUGCAAUCAAAUUACCAAACAAACGAAAUGAAAGUAAAUGAAAUGAAUUGAAUUGACAUAAUAAACUCGAUAUGUCGAAGCAUACGCAUACAGGAAUUAAGAAGCCCAAUAUGCAAGCAUUAGACUAGACGCAAUUCAAAAUAUCCAUUAAACUGGAAAAUAAAAUUUCUGUAAAGCCAAAAUAUGCAACUAAUAUUUUAUUGUCAUUCAAAUAAAAAGUAAUAAUAAAGCAGGCAUAAAUCACAUUGUA